UUGAGAUUAUGAUUAUUGUUUGAUUAUUUAUAGUCUAGUGUCGGCUUACUGUUUUGUAGAGUUAUGAUAUAUCCUAAGCAUUUUUAAAGAUAUAGCCAAAAAACAACCAAACUAUUACAUGAUUCUUACAGAAUGAUAUAUGGUUUUACAAAGUAGGUAUACAAUAUUUUAAAAUGGCGCAGCGUUUUCCUUCGGGGGGAGCGAGCUCAGGGCCGCCUGCGGGGCCCAUGCAGCCGCAGCAACGCUAUCCGGGCCCCGCACAGCCUCCCGGAUCUCCAAUGCAGCAGAGACCUUACUCUGGACCUAAUUUCCCGCAGCAGCCGCGGGCGGCGUUCCCCGGCGCGGCGGGGGUGGGCGUGGGCGCGGGGGUGGGCGCGGGCGUGGGCGCGGGCGUGGGCGCGGGCGUGGGCGCCGGCGGUGCGGGGCCGGGCGUGGGCGGAGCGCCGCGCGCGGGGUACGCCGGCGGGGCCUUCGCGCCCUCGCCGCGCGCGCCGCCGCCCGCCGCCAAGCGCGCACCCGACACGCGCUCGCCGCUGCCGCUGCCGCCGCAGCACAAGCCGCAGAUGUACAAUCAGGAGGGGUACGGCGCGGGGCCGGGCGCGGGCGCGGGCAAGCGCAAGAGGAGGCUCGCCGACAAGAUCCUGCCGCAGAAGGUGCGCGACCUGGUGCCGGAGUCGCAGGCCUACAUGGACCUGCUGGCCUUCGAGCGCAAGCUGGACGCCACCAUCCACCGCAAGCGGCUCGACAUCCAGGAGGCCCUCAAGCGGCCCAUGAAGCAGAAGCGCAAGUUGCGCAUCUUCAUUUCCAACACCUUCUAUCCAGGGCAGGGCGACAACGCCGUGGCGUCCUGGGAGCUGCGGGUCGAGGGCCGCUUGCUCGACGACUCCAAAAAUGACCCGAACAAGGUGAAGCGCAAGUUCUCCUCCUUCUUCAAGUCGCUCGUCAUCGAGCUGGACAAGGAGCUGUACGGCCCCGACAACCACCUGGUGGAGUGGCACCGCACCCUCACCACGCAGGAGACUGACGGCUUCCAGGUGAAACGACCCGGCUACAAGAACGUGCGCUGCACCAUCCUGCUGCUGCUGGACUACCAGCCGCUGCAGUUCAAGCUGGACCAGCGACUGGCGCGGCUGCUGGGCGUGCACACGCAGGCGCGACCCGUCAUCGUGAACGCGCUGUGGCAGUACGUGAAGACCCACCGGCUGCAGGACCCCCACGAGCGCGAGUACAUCGCCUGCGACAAGUACCUCGAGCAGAUCUUCGGCUGCGCGCGCGUCAAGCUGGCCGAGGUCCCCGCGCGGCUCGGCGCCUUGCUGCACGCCCCGGACCCCAUCGUCAUCAACCACGUCAUCGCCGUCGAGCCGCCGCACGACGCCAAGCAGACCGCCUGCUACGACAUCGACGUCGAGGUCGACGACACCCUCAAGACGCAGAUGAACAGUUUCCUGCUCAGCACCGCCAACCAGCAGGAGAUCCAGGGCCUCGACGCCAAGAUACAUGAGACUGUCGACACCAUCAACCAGCUCAAGACCAACCGCGAGUUCUUCCUCAGCUUCACCAAGGAGCCGCAGCAGUUCAUACAGAAGUGGCUCGUCAGCCAGUCGCGGGAUCUCAAGACACUGUCGGGCGGCGCCGGCAACCCCGAGGAGGAGCGGCGCGGCGCAUUCUACGCCCAGCCCUGGGCGGGCGAGGGCGUCGCGCGCUAUCUGCACGCCCGCCUCGCCGCGCGCCGUCGCGACCUCGAGCUGGCCGCGCCGCACGCCGCACACCCC